AUGCCGGCCAAGCAGCGGAAGCUUCUAGAGCUGCGACAGCGGUUACAGCAGUGCCGCAAGCAAAAUCAAAAUGCGGUGAUUGCGGAGAAGAAACGGCAAAAGGUAGGGACUGGAGAAAGUGGCGGCGAUGACAAGCGGCGGUGGUACGAGGAGAAGCAGAAGCGGCGUGCGGAGGAGUUGGAGAGGUUAGGGCUGGACCCCUCGCAGGCACACAGGCUCGAGACCGCUGAGGCGGCAUCACUCAAGCACGAGAAACGUGAGAAGAAGGGCGGCCCCACGGGCUGGGGUGUAUUCGCCAGCGAGAACCUAUACAGAGCGUACCUAAAGCGCGCCGAGAAUGUACCGUAUACGCAGGAGGAUUACGAGAAGGCUAAGGCAGCGGAUCCCGACUUCUACAGAGAUGCCGACAGCCUGAUGUAUGGUCAGAACCCUAAGCUGCCCGCGGAAAACGUGGACAAGAUGGUGGCAGAGCUGGUGGACCGCGACCGCAAGAAGGAUGAGUUCAGCCGGCGGCGGCGCUACAACGACAGCGCCGAUGUGGACUUCAUCAACGACCGCAACGCGCACUUCAACAAGAAGAUACAGCGUGCAUUCGGGCAGUACACCUCGGAGAUCAAGGCAAACCUGGAGCGCGGCACCGCACUACCCGACCGGUAG